AUGAUUUCAAUAACAUCUUCAAAUAUAAUUAUUACUUUAGGUCUAUUUAACUAGAUAUUAUCUUAAAGCAGUUCAAUUUUUGAUAUUAAAACAUAAGGUCAAGGAGUUGUUUAAUUUGAUUCACUCUCUAUAAACCAAGCGGAAAUUGAUCUUUUAUCAUAAACUGAAACAUAAGGCUCUAUUAGUAUUUUUUCAAAGAAUAGCUUAUUAAAUUUGAAAAUUCGUAAUGUUAUAUUUAAAAAUGUCUUUAAUAGAUUAAGUUCUUCAAUAAUGUUCAUCAUUCCAUCCCAAAAAUAUAAUAAUAUUGAUAUUCAAAAUGUGAUAUUAGAAAAUUGCUUAUCAUUAAUUAAUUAAUUUAUGAAAAUUGAAUUCUCUUAAUAGAAGUUGGAUUAAAAUUUAGUAUCAAUCUAAAAUUUAUCUAUUUAUUAAUCUUAAAUUGAUUGGUUAAAAUAUUUCAAUAAAAUUGAUCCAAUUAGUUUAAGUGAAAUAAAUAAAGUUCUUAUAGACAAUGCAAUCAUAAAUUUAAAUGAAUGCUAGUUAAUUAUUAAAGGACUCCUUUGUGAAGGAGCAUUUAUAUCACCUAUCUUAAAAAUUUAAGAUUCAUAAAAAAUACAAAUUUAAAAUUGCAAAAUAAAUUCAGCUUAAACUUUUUAUUCAUUUAAUAUAUUUUAGUUUAUUUAAACUAAAAUCUAAAAAUCUACUAUUUUUCUAGAAGCAAUUUCAAUUAGUAAUACGACAUUAUUGAAAAAAAAUAAUGAUUAGAUAAUUGCUGAAAAAGAAUUUGAGAACAAAUAUACUGCUGAUAAAUGUACUAUAUAGAAAAGUACUACAAUAACUUAAAUUAUAUAAACUUUUUCCUUUUAAUCAGUUUUGGAAUAUUUAAAUGAAAAUUCAAUAUCAACUGGAUCUUUAAUAUCUAUAUCAAGUGUUUCAAAUGAAAAUGUUAUUCAUCUUAGAAACUUUUUUAUCAAUUAUAACAAUUAUUCAGAAAAACUUAAUGGAUUAAUUUAUUUUGAUUUAUAAGAAUUUUAAGAAUUAAGACUUACAGAAUUUAAUUUUAUUUCAAAUAACAUAAAUCAAUUUGGUUGUAUCAAAUUCGUUGCAAAAAAAAACUUAGAAAAAAAAAUUAGAUUAAUAAAUUCUAAAUUUUUAUUUAAUAAUGGCACAUUUGGUUCAGCAAUAUAUGGUAAAAAUGUGAUAAUAGACAUUUAAAAUAGUUAAUUUAUUGAAAACAUUGCAUAAUAAUAAGGUGGUGCCAUAUAUAUGGAGAAUUGCAGUAACAAUUUUAGAAUUAUUAAUUCAUAUAUAUUAAGGAAUAAAGCUUAACAAGGAGGUGGAAUAUAUUUUAAUGGAAAUAAUUAAAUUAAUAAAAAUAAUGUUAUAAAUUCAUUAAUUUUAUUAAAUUCUGCUGAAAAAUUAACAGAUAAUAUUGUAGAAAUGCCACAUCAUUUAGCCUUAUCAAUAAAUUAAUAUGAGAUGGUUUCUACUUAAGAAAUAUUUGAAAACUUGACUACAAAUAAUUUAACAUUGCAUAAUUAUAAAGUAAUAGAGUAAGGUUUAUUAAUAAAUACAAAUUAUCUUUAUUUACCUAGUAAUCAAGUGAUUUCUAACUUUAAAUUGUUUAAUCCAAAAAGUUAAGGAUUUUUGUAAUAUAUUUUUGAUUUCUCUUUGUUCUUCCAAAAUAGUAUUAAUGAAAAAGUUUCUAAUUUUAUUAAUUUUACUUGUAAUUUAUAAUUAUUUACUCAAAUACAAAGUAAUCAAUCAAUUGAAAAUAUUCAACCUAUUUAGAUUUUAUCAUAUAAUUAAGAAAAAAAUAUAUUUAAUUUGGAAUAACUUACUUUCACAUUUGACCCAUAUUAAAAUAAAGAUAAUUAUCUAUUAGUAUAAAUAAAUUGUUCAACAUAAUUAAAUUAGAAAUAAUUUAGAUAUAUAUUUACAGCAAAAACUCUUAAAUGUUAAUUAGGAGAAUUUUAUGUUAAUAAUGGCUGUUAAAUGUGUUAACAAAAUCAAGGUUUUUAUUCUGUUACUUAUAAUGCAACUAAAUGUUCUAUAUUUGAUAAGACAAAGUUUUUAAACAUAACUUCAAAUAAAAUUUAAUUACUAGAAGGAUUUUGGAGACCAGAUGAUUUGUCUGAUUAUACUGAACUAUGUUUUAAAUAAUAAACAUAUUGCAAAGGAGGAUGGGAAGUAGGAAAUAAUUUAUGUCUUAAAGGACAUAUUGGUGGAUUGUGCGAAGAGUGUGAUAAUUAUAACAUUAGAGGGGAAGGGUAAUUCUUUAAAGACUUUGAAAAUCAAACUUGCCAACUAUGUUAAAAAAGUUCAAAAAGCAUACUUUUAUUUAUACUUGCUUCAUUUUGGUAAUAGUCUUAUAAAUAGUUAGGUCUAUCAUUUAAAUUCUUUUAACAUUAAAAAGUAUUGAUAAAUCAAAUCAAUUAUUUUAUUCAUUAAAAUUAGGGAGAAAAGUUAGCAAAAUUCUCUUUAAGUUGAAUUAAGGUAUUUAUUUUAUUUCAUAAUAGACCAUUAAAGUAUUUAAAUAAAAAUGUUUUUAAAUUUUCUUUGGAUAUUUUCUUUGAUUUUUUCUUUUAAUAUUUAAUUUUCAUUUUCUUUUGGAUUUGUUGAUCAAAUUAGCAAUCCAACUAAUUUUAUGGCUACAAGUUUAGACUGUUAUCUAUUAGAUAUAUAAUAAAUUUAACUAAAUUAUUCUAGAAUUAUAGCAACACUAUUACUAAUUCUAUUACAAAUGAUUACCAUUUUUAUUGGGUCUCAAAUUCUAGCUCUAGCAACUAAGACUAAAAAUUUUAAUAGUGUUUUAUCAAAUACUGGGCUUUAUCUUUAUGUAUCGAAUUUUGCAGCGCUGAUAAAACAGUAAAAUAAAUAAAAUAUUUAGAUUUUCUUCAUUGUUGGCAAGAAGAUAAAUAUCAAAUAUUGAUUAUAUUCAAGGUAAUGUAUCCCUUUUGUUUGAUACUUAAUCACAUUAUUCAUGGAUAUAUAGAUUUAUACUACCAGGAUUAGGAUUUGUUGGAUGUUUUAUACCUACAUUUUUAUUUGCUCUAAUGUUUGUUAUGAGAAAAAAACUUGAUGUGAUUAAAUUUAGAAAACAUAUAUGUUAUAUGUUUAAUGAAUAUGCUGAACACUGUUAUUAUUGGGAAUUUAUAAAAAUAUGGAAAAAGACUAUACUAAUCAUAAUUCUAACCUAUUUUGAAACUAAUAUACUAUUAAAAGCAUCUUUGCUUGGACUAAGUUUGUUGGUUUAUCAAUUAUUUACUGUUAAAAUCAAGCCAUUUAUAAAUUAAAACCUAAAUUCUCUUGACUUAGAAACUGGAUAAUUUUGCUCUAUUGCAAUAUUUUUGGCAGCCACAAUAUAUGUUUGUGAAUAAACAGCAAAUUAAAUUUAUUCAUAUUUUCUGUAAUCUAUUAUAAUCCUGUUGUUUAUAAAACUUUGUUAUCCAUUUAUUAAUUAGAUUAUAAGCUUAAACUAUAAAAUGUAGAAAAUUAAUUUUCUUACUCUUUUAUUAAAAAUUAGUAAAAUACUAAAAAGUGAUUCCAAAUUUGUUUAAAAUUUAAAUUAAAAACUGAUUGAUAUAAAUUAGAAAUAAUAAAAGUUGAAAUUGAACAUUCAAAAAUUGAAAUAACAUCUAUUCUCUGUUUCAAAAAAUAUUAAUGAAAAUUAAAAGUAUUUAUAUUCUAAUUUUUUAGAUUAUUAUAGUCCAAUUAAUAAAAUAAAUCAACAUUUAGGAUCCUAACUUCUAGAGAAACUGAAGUAAUAAAAUUCAUGAAAACAGAUUAAGAAUGA